AUGACUCCUGAGGUUCAUACGAAGAAACAAUCUUCUCUGAUCUCUUAUAUUCGAUCAGCGUUGGCACCGUCCAACAAGGGAGAAGAUAUUGGGUCAUUUAAUGUAAGUUCCCCACAUAUUCGCAGUGAUCCUGUUCCCGCGGGAUUCCGCAAACAGACACCACUGCCAAGUGCCCGGGAAGAAGUUUGUCGACGCAUCUCCAUUGAAAGCAGGUGUUCAUCGCUUGGGAAUACCAACACCUCAAAUACAUAUAUUCCUGUGGCUGACCGUGAUGAGUUACCACGAAGUGCACCAAAUAAACUCAGUUUUUUUAAGUGUGAUCAACUCAGUUUACUUCAACUUUCACUCUCUGUACGAGCCCCACCACCAACGGCGAAUGAGGAUUCAGAAGAUAGUGAAUGGGGAAGUAACUACGUAGUUGAAAGGGCAUCCGCAACACCUUCACACGGUUGCACUCCCAUGGAACUUCCAGGUUGGUCUAGAAUGAAUAUUGUAGAAAAGUGGCUUGAAGAACAGACUUCUUCAGAAUGUAAUUAA